UCAUGCGGUACCAAAGGAGGAAAGGGAGAAUAGCGUAGACAACCCGCUGCAGUGGACUGGGGGAUAUCGCACUAUCCCGGACAACAAUUUCCUCAGGAAAUUUACCUGCGAUCUACGUUAAUCACUGAGGAUUUUUGUGAACUAAGACAACGAUUGGAUAUAUCUUUAUGACUGCGGAACUUACAGCCAGGCAUCCUCGUGAUGGUAAAGCGUCUGUUUUACCUGUGAAAGGCUAAAAAGUAAAAGAGUAAACUGAUGGAUCAGAACUUGUUUGGAGGAGUGCCCCGGUUCCUGACCCGGCCAAAGGCCUUUUCAGUGUCCGUUGGCCGAGAUGCCACGCUCAGCUGCACGAUUGUGGGCAAUCCGGUGCCAGUGGUCACCUGGGAGAAGGAGAAGCUACGACUGACCUCUGGGGGGCGCUUCAAGACAGUAGAAGAUGGGGACACAUACCGCCUAACAAUUUAUGACCUGACCCUGGAAGACAGUGGCCAAUACAUGUGUCGUGCCAAGAACACUGUUGGAGAGGCCUAUGCCGCCGUCACCCUCAAGGUGGCCCUGCCGGAGCAGAUUGUGGAUCGGGCCCCCUUGUUCUUGGUCAAGCCUGUCUCUGCCCGGGUCGGCCUGGGGGAGGACGUCACCUUCCAGUGUCGGGUGGCGGCUCACCCAGAACCCACUUUCGACUGGGAGAAGGACGGGCGCUAUGUGGGUGAGUCCAACCGUGUCCAAAUCAGUUCAGACAGCGAUGGAAGCUCCUUGAGGAUCAAGUGUGUCCGCAGCCUGGACAGCGGCACCUACACCUGCCGGGCCCAGAACUCCAUGGGCCGAUCCCAGGCCGCCGCUGCCCUUGUGGUGGAGCUCCAGGAUGCCCGGCAGCUGGCCAAUGCCGACAAGAGCACCUCUCUCCUCUCACACCUGCAGAAGCGCAAGGAGGAGAUGCGCAAGGACAUCACCGUAUACCGCACAACUGAGGCUAUAUCCUCCACUGGCUCCUCCUCCAUCAUCUCCAAGACGCCCGAGGGGCUGAGCAGUCUUGGUCUUAGCCUGGCUCAGGACCACGACCGCAUAGCUGCCCUGGCCGGGAAGUUGCCUAAGGGUGUGUUCACCCGUACCUGCACCGUGACGGAGGGCAAGCACGCCAAGCUCAGCUGCUUCGUCACCGGCCGUCCCAAGCCUCACAUCAUCUGGAGGAAGGACGGGACCAACAUCGCAGAGGGCCGCAGGCACGUGAUGUACGAGGACCAAGCCGAGAACUUCAUCCUCAAGGUCCUGUACUGCAAACAGAGCGACAAUGGCCUCUACACCUGCAAUGCCUCCAACCUGGCUGGACAGACAUACAGUGCCGUGCUGGUGAUCGUUAAAGAACCUAAGGUGCAAUUCAGGACAAAGCUGCAGGAUGUGGAGGUGAGGGAGAAGGAGACGGCCAUGCUGAUGUGCGAGGUGCCCGUCCCGGCCACCAAGGCCAGCUGGUUCAUGGAAGAGACACGGCUGGAAGAGAGUGCCAAGUACCGCAUUGAGGCGGAGGGCACCCUGCGCCGGCUCACCAUCCACAACGUCAACACCAACGAUGACGCUGUCUACAUCUGCGAGAUGAAGGAGGGAAGCCGCACUGUGGCCGAGCUCACUGUCUUAGGCAACAUCACCAAGAAGCUCCCGCGGAAGACCGUGGUUCCGGUCAGUGACACGGUGCUCUUCUGUGUGGAGCUGGAGGAACCGUGCGAAGGGGCCUACUGGACCAGGAAAGGCGAGCGGCUGAAGGAGGACGCCCGCGUGUCCAUCGCAUGCGUGGGCCGACAGUACACCUUGACCAUCCGCGACUGCCGUGCCGAAGACUCUGGGGAGGUCGCCUUUGUGGCCGGAGACUGCAAAACAUCCACGCAAUUCUCCGUCACUGCUCCAAGAAAGCACCCUCCAGACCCCCCAGUCAACCCUGUGGUGAGGAACAAGACCAGCUCUUCGCUCAUGUUGUGCUGGUUGCCACCAGACACUGACCGACCUGUGCCCAUCUCUGGCUAUGUGGUGGAGAGGAAGAAGUUGGGCACCCAAACUUGGGUGAAAUGCCACAUCUCUGCUUUUGUAUCCAGCACUGAAUUUACAGUCAGCGGGAUCACAGAAGAGGCCAGCUACCAGUUCCGCAUUACUGCCGUGAACGACUUUGGCCAGAGCCCUUGUUUGGAAGUGCCUGGAACCUUCUACCUUGAGCCCACCGGGGAGGUGAAGUCUGGCCUGGUGAACAGCACCGCCACGGAGGGCGAGGAGGCCUCCUUCACCGUGGAGCUGUCGGCCAUCUGCUCGGGCUCCUGGUCGCUGAAUGGUCACACCCUGCGCAGUGGCGGGGACUACCUCAUCACCCGCAACAAGACCACCCACGUGCUGCUCAUCCGCCAGGUCCGGCAGGAGCUCCACGGGGCCACACUGCUGUUCACGAGUGGUGGCGCUGAGAGCUCAUGCACGCUCAGCGUGAAGGCUGCCCCAGCACAGUUCACCAAUAAAUCUGCGCAGACAGAGGUGGUGAGCUGCACCGAACAUUCCUCUGCGCAGCUGCAUGCAGAAGUGUCGGACACCAAGAUCUCGGUAGUCUGGAUGAAGGAUGGCCGGGAACUGAAGAUGGGUAAGAAGUAUGAGAGCGUGUGCUCAGACCGCACGCGCCUGCUCAUGGUCCACAACAUGACCGAGGAGGACGCGGGCACCUACGAGUGCGUCUGCGAUGGAGACCGAAUGUCCCUUCAGCUGGCUCUUAAAGAGGAUCCAAGCAAGUUAGUGAACAAGCUCAAGGGCGGCAGCACGGUUAAAUCCCAGCUCAUGGGGGAUCUGGAGCUGAGCUGUGAGGUGCCGUCUGCUGCCAGUGUAGUGGUGUGGAAGAAGGAUCAGGUGGAGUUGAAGGAGGACCAGAGAACCACCUUCAUAUCGCAGGGAACAAUGCGCAAGCUUCGAAUAAAGCGCAUCAAGCAGGAGGAUGAGGGCUUGUACACCUGCGAGUCCACAGGGGACAAAAUGACAUUCCGCGUCAAGGUUAAGGAAUCGCAAGCAAUGCUUACGAAGAAGGCGAUGACAAAGACUGAGUUCUCCUCCUCUUGUGGAGAGACUGUGGUCUUGUCCUGUGAAGUGAAUCAGGCUAAUGCUCAGGGGAAGUGGCUCAGGAUGGGACAGGAAGUGAAGAUAGGUGCAGACUCUAUAGUUGAAGCCAAAGGAACAACCAGAAAGCUGAUUCUGAAAAACACAAAGGCUGGGGAUGCUGGCGCGUACUCGUAUAAACUCCCUGACGAUGAGAUAUCAUUCAAUGUGAACAUCAAAGAACCCCAGGCUGUUUUUGCAAACAAGGAGUCUGUACAGAAGGAGGUAAAAGUCAUUCUUUCUGAGAAAGCCACUCUGAGCUGUGAGUUGUCCGACUCUCAGACUGAGGUGAAAUGGUACAAGGAGGGAAAACUGCUGAGCUCAAGCAGGAAGAUCCAUGUGGAGUCAAAGGGCAAGAGCCGCCAGCUGGUGUUUGACAGCGUGGAGAAGAAGGAUGCUGGGGAGUACACCUGUGAGGCUGGAGCAGAGAAGCUGGUCUUUAAGAUUCAGGUGGAAGAACCCCAGGCUGUUUUUGCAAACAAGGAGUCUUUGCAGAAGGAGGUAAAAGCCGUUCUGUCUGAGAAAGCUACUCUGAGUUGUGAGAUGUCCGACACUCAGACUGAGGUGAAAUGGUACAAGGAGGGCAAACUGCUGAGCUCAAGCAGGAAGAUCCAUGUGGAGUCAAAGGGCAAGAGCCGCCAGCUGGUGUUUGACAGCGUGGAGAAGAAGGAUGCUGGGGAGUACACCUGUGAGGCUGGAGCAGAGAAGCUGGUCUUUAAGAUUCAGGUGGAAGAACCCCAGGCUGUUUUUGCAAACAAGGAGUCUGUGCAGAAGGAGGUAAAAGCCAUUCUGUCUGAGAAAGCCACUCUGAGCUGUGAGAUGUCCGACACUCAGACUGAGGUGAAAUGGUACAAGGAGGGAAAACUGCUGAGCUCAAGCAGGAAGAUCCAUGUGGAGUCAAAGGGGAAGAGCCGCCAGCUGGUGUUUGACAGCGUGGAGAAGAAGGAUGCUGGGGAGUACACCUGUGAGGCUGGAGCAGAGAAGCUGGUCUUUAAGAUUCAGGUGGAAGAAUCCAAGGCUGCAUUUGCAAACAAGGAGUCUGUACAGAGGGAGGUAAAAGCCAUUCUGUCUGAGAAAGCCACUCUGAGCUGUGAGAUGUCCGACACUCAGACUGAGGUGAAAUGGUACAAGGACAGAAAACUGCUGAGCUCAAGCAGGAAGAUCCAUGUGGAGUCGAAGGCCAAGAGCCGCCAGCUGGUGUUUGACAGCGUGGAGAAGAAGGAUGCUGGGGAGUACACCUGUGAGGCUGGAGCAGAGAAGCUGGUCUUUAAGAUUCAGGUGGAAGAACCCCAGGCUGUUUUUGCAAACAAGGAGUCUGUGCAGAAGGAGGUAAAAGCCAUUCUGUCUGAGAAAGCCACUCUGAGCUGUGAGAUGUCCGACACUCAGACUGAGGUGAAAUGGUACAAGGACGGAAAACUGCUGAGCUCAAGCAGGAAGAUCCAUGUGGAGUCGAAGGCCAAGAGCUGCCAGCUGGUGUUUGACAGCGUGGAGAAGAAGGAUGCUGGGGAGUAUACCUGUGAGGCUGGAGCAGAGAAGCUGGUCUUUAAGAUUCAGGUGGAAGAAUCCAAGGCUGCAUUUGCAAACAAGGAGUCUGUACAGAAGGAGGUAAAAGCUAUUCUCUCCGAGAAAGCUACUCUGAGCUGUGAGUUGUCCGACUCUCAGACUGAGGUGAAAUGGUACAAGGAGGGCAAACUGCUGAGCUCAAGCAGGAAGAUCCAUGUGGAGUCAAAGGGCAAGAGCCGCCAGCUGGUGUUUGACAGCGUGGAGAAGAAGGAUGCUGGGGAGUACACCUGUGAGGCUGGAGCAGAGAAGCUGGUCUUUAAGAUUCAGGUGGAAGAAUCCAGUAAGUUCCAGAAGAAGUCUGCCAUGCAGGACACAGUGAUGGUUCAGGAGAGUGAGAAUAUUAUCUUGGCCGCAGAGCUGGUGUCAGAGAGCACAGCAGUAAGGUGGUUCAGGGACGGUGUGGAGCUGAAGGAGAACAAUAAGUAUGAGACAAAGAAGGAGGGUCUGUCUUGCACCUUAGUGGUGAAGUCUGCUGAAGUCAAAGACAGCGGCACCUACUCCUGCCAGACGGCUGACGACAUGCUUGAAUUCAAGGUUGAGGUCAAAGAGCCUCCCUUGAAGUUUUCUGUGAAGCUGGAGCCAGUAACUGCAGAGCUGGGUGGCACCCUGACUCUGACCUGCGAGCUGAACCGGGCCAAAGGGGACGUGCUGUGGCGCCGCAAUGGCACUGAGGUCAAGCCCAGCCUCAAGUACCGCAUCAGCACAGACGGUGCCAAGCGGGUCCUGACCGUGACAGGGGUGGCCAAGGAGGACGAGGGCGAGUACAGCUGCGAGUGCCUGAAUGACAAGACCUCCGCCAAGGUCUCCACUAAAGCUCCUCGGGUUGUGAGGUUCACAGCCAAGCUUAAUAAUGUAGCAGCGGUGGAAGGGAAGGACGCUACCCUCAAGUGCAGUGUAUCCCCAGCUGACGCAAAGGUGACGUGGCUCCGCAAUGGCGUGGCCGUCACUGCUGGGCCCAAGUUCAAGAUCGCACAGGACGGGGCCAACCACUCGCUCACCGUUACCUCGGUCAGCCUGGAGGACGCGGGGGAGAUCACCGCUGACGCAGAGGGGAAAACUUCCAAAGCGAAUCUACAAGUGCAGCAGGUGCCUGUGACAUUCACCAAGAAGCUGGAGAACUGCACGGUGCAGGAGCAACAGGACGUGCGUCUGGAGGUGGAGCUCAGCAAGCCCUCCACCGAGGUCAAGUGGAUGAAGAACAGCGUGGUGGUGCAGCCCGGUGGCAACAUGGAGAUCCUCAUUGAUGGGGCUCGGCAGACCCUCAUCCUCAAAAAAGUCACCUUUGCCGACCGUGGGUACUAUUCCUGUGAGACUCUGGAUGACAAGACCCAGGCCAAACUUUCAGUGGAAAUGAAGAAAAUCCAGGUUGUGAAGGGGCUGCAGGAGGUGAAGGCCCAUGAGAAGGACACGGUGACGUUCGAGGUGGAGUUGAAUCACCCAGACGUUGAGGGGUCCUGGACCAAGGACGGAAUCAAGCUGAAAGCAGGGUCAAGCUGCCGCAUGACUGCCCUGGGCAAGAAGCACGCCCUCACCCUGUCCAGUCUCAAGAUGGAGGACACGGGGAUGAUUGUUUUCCAGGCUGAAGGGGUGCGCACUUCUGGCAGACUCACUGUCACAGAGCCUGCUGUGAAGUUCACCAAACAUUUGGAGGAUAUCAAUUCCCCAGAGAAGGAAAAGGUUACCUUUGAGUGUGAGGUUUCCCGUGCCAAUGCAGAGGUCAAGUGGUUCAAGGAUGACGCUGAGCUGAAGCCAGGGAAGAAGCUCGGCAUUCACUCACAAGGCCUCAAACGCAGCCUUCUGAUCCACAAGUGUGCCUACGAGGACCAGGGACAGUACGUCUGCGAUGCCACGGACGACAAGGCAUCAGCCAAGCUCAACGUCCACGCACGAGACAUUCAAAUUGUGAAGAAGUUGGAGGAUGUGGAGGUGAUGGAGAAGGACAGCGCAGCCUUUGUGUGUGAGAUCUCCCAUGAUGAGGUGGAGGGCCAGUGGCACAAGAACGACAGCAGACUCAAAGCUGGGGACAACAUCAAGAUGAGACAAGAGGGUAGAACCUAUGUCCUACUAUUUAAGUCUGUGACGGUUGAAGAUGCUGCUGAAAUCAAAUUCACAGCAGAAAAGGCUGAAUCAACAGCUAAGCUGAAGGUUAAAGAGCUACCUGUGCGGAUUGUCAAGAAGCUCCGGGACAAGAUCGCCAUGUACAAGCACCGUGGCCACCUGGAGUGCCAGGUGUCUCGCCCAAGUGCCAAGGUCAGGUGGUACAAGAACAAGAAGGAACUCAAACACAGUUCGAAGCAUGAGAUCACGAGCGACGGAAUCUAUAGGAAGCUCACCAUCAACGAUGUUGACUCCGCUGACGAGGACACCUACACCUGCGAUGCUGGCGAUGACAAGACCUCUUGCAAGCUGCUUGUGGAGGAGCAAGCCAUUAGCAUUGUCCGACAGCUGAGCGCGGUGGAGGUUACGGAACCCGCCGCGGCACGCUUCGAGGUGGAGAUCAGCAUCGAGGCGGGAAAGCCGCCCAAGUGGACUCUGAGCGGAGAGCUACUGAAGACUGGCGCAGACGUGGAGAUAGAACAUGAGGGCACGGUGCACUCCCUGACCCUCAAGAAGACCAAGCCCGCGAUGUCCGGCCCUGUGCAGUUUACGGCCGGGAAGAGCAAGUCUGUGGCCCAGCUCACUGUGAAAGAGCGCCCUCUGGAGGUUGUACAUCCACUCAAAGACACAACAGCCAAGGAGAAAGAGUCGGUUACUCUCAGCUGCAAGUUUUCUGCCCCACCAAAAGAGGUAUGCUGGUUCAAAAGUCAAACGGCCCUGGAGAGCUCCAGCAAGUACAGCAUGAAGCAGGACCAGAGCCGCAUGGAGCUGACCAUCCACAACUUGACUGGUGGGGAUUCUGGGGAAUACCGCUGUGUGGCUGGGGCCUCGGAGAGCAAGGCUACUCUCACUGUGAAAGUCCGGGAUGUGAAGUUCACCAAGCACCUGCAGGACUUGGAGGUGGAGGAGGACGGUGACGCCACCCUCACCUGUGAUGUCAACUAUGCCGACGAGGAGGUGCAGUGGCUGCUGAACGGAACGCCACUGUGCACCAACGAAGUCAACGAAAUCCAACACAUGGGCAAGACCCACACUCUCACCCUCAAAAACCUGGCUCCCCAGGAUGGAGGGACCAUCACCGUCACCGUUCGGGAAAUCAGUGAAUCCGCUACCCUCAAGGUCAAAGAGAAGCUGGCUGUGUUUCUCAAAUCCCUGGAUGAUGUGGUAGGAGAGGAGAAGGGGACAGUCACCUUGAAGUGUGAGGCCUCCAAGCCCCGAGUCUCUCCUGUCUGGAAGAAGGAUGGUGUGAUCCUGGCUGCCAGUGACAAGUAUGAGCUGCUGCACUCUGGGAAGUCUCUGGGACUGACCAUUCAUGACCUUACCCAGGACGACACAGGAGAGUACACUUGCGAUCUUGGCACCGAUCUGGCCAAGUCCAAAGUCACCGUACAAGACCUGACCAUUGGCAUCACCAAGCGUCUGAAAAUGGCAGAAGUGAGGGAGGGUGAGUCCUGCAGCUUUGAGUGCAUCCUAUCCCGCGAGAGCACAGAGGAGUGCUCCUGGACCGUGAACGGUCAGCCUGUGGUCAAUGGUGGCCGCUUCCAGGUCACCAGCAAGGGCCGCAAAUACACACUGAACAUCCAGGACGUGUCUGCCAGUGACGCUGGGGAGGUGGUCUUCACCAUCAAGAACCUGACCUCCAAGACCACGCUAUCUGUCAAAGGGAAGGCCGUCAAAGUGAGCAGGGAGCUUCAGGACAUGCGCGUAGCCCCAGGAGAGGAUGCCGAGUUCAGCUGCGAGGUCACUAAGCCCGGGGCCCCCAUCAAGUGGUCCAAAGAUGGGAAGGCCAUCAGGAGGAGCAAUAAGUACGAGAUCAGCCAGGACGGGUGCCUCGCCAAGUUGCUCAUCCACAGCACUACCACCAGGGACUCCGGCGAGUACUGCUGUGAGGUGGACGAUGCAGCCACCACUAGGGCCAAACUGGAAGUCAAAGAGCUGGACCAGCACUUCACCAAGCAGCUGCAGGAUGCCGAGGCGGAGGAGAAAGGCACGGUAACGUUGGAGUGCGAGACGGCCUGCCCCGCCGCCAGGGUCACCUGGCUGAAGGGAAUGGCAGAGCUGCGAGCGAGCGAGAGGUACGAGAUGAAGAAGCAGGGCACCCUCCUCUCCCUCACCAUCAAGGGGCUAGAGAAGAGCGACAGUGAUGCUUACUGCUGCGACGUGGGGACCGCCCAGAGCAGGGCCAGGCUGACAGUGCAAGGUCAGAAAGUGCAGAUAGUGGAGGAGCCAGAGGAUGUAGAGUGUUUAGAGGGGGAGUCGGCCACCUUUAAGUGCCGCAUCAGCCCCAGCGAGUACGUUGGCGUGCAGUGGCACCUUGACAAAACGCCCCUGCACACCAAUGAGCUCAAUGACAUCCAGACCCUGCCCGGUGGCUACCACUCCCUCACCGUCAAGAAGCUCACACUCAAGGAUUCGGGCACCGUCUCUGUGGAGGCUGGGGACAAGCGGGCAUGCGCUUCCCUGUUAGUCAAAGAAAGGCCCAUCUCUAUUACCAAAGAGCUGAAGGACUGCGAGGCUAAAGAAGGAGAAGACUUGGUCCUGUCGUGCCACAUUUCCAAGAGCUGCGACGUCCAGUGGUACAAGGAUGGAAUCUUAAUACAGGACACCUCCAAGCACCUGACCAGUCGGUUGGACACAGAGGCUGUACUGACCAUCUGUGGGGUGGGCGAGAGUGAUGCAGGCAUGUACAGGUGCGAGGCCGGAGGGGCCAGAACCGAGGCCCGGGUCACAGUGAAGGCUCUCCCAGCUGAGUUUGUACAAAAACUGAAGAACCAGGAGACCAAAGAGGGAGGAAGUAUUACCCUGUGCUGUGAGUUCUCCAAACCAGGAGCAAAAGCACAGUGGAAGAAGGGAACGGAUGUAUUGACAUCUGGAGAUAGGUACAAGAUCAAGCAAAGUGAUACAACCUUCGAGCUGAAUAUCAGCAAUAUGAAGCCAGAAGACUCUGGAGACUACAGCUGUGAAUGUGCAGGCCAAAGGACUAUGGCCAGCAUCAAAGUCCAUGCGGUUCCUGUCACCUUCAAGAAAGAGCUGAAGAACCAGGAGUGUGAGGAGGGUAGCAGUGUAACCCUGCUCUGUGAGCUCUCUAAACCUGGAGCCCAGGUGGAGUGGAGGAAGGGAAGAGAGGUACUGAAGACUGGAGACAAAUAUAAGAUGAAGCAGAAGGACUGUUCUGUUGAGCUGAAGAUCUGCCAGCUGAAACCUGAAGACUCUGGAGACUACAGCUGUACCUGUGGAGACCACAGGACUACAGCCACUGUCAGUGUCAAGGCACUGCCUAUCACAUUCACUCGAGAGCUGAAGAACCAGGAGUGUGAGGAGGGUAGCAGUGUAACCCUGCUCUGUGAGCUCUCUAAACCUGGAGCCCCAGUGGAGUGGAGGAAGGGAAGCGAGGCAUUGAAAUCUGGAGACAAAUAUAAGAUGAAGCAGAAGGACUCUUCUGUUGAGCUGAAGAUCUGCCAGCUGAAACCUGAAGACUCUGGAGACUACAGCUGUACCUGUGGAGACCACAGGACUACAGCCACUGUCAAUGUCAAGGCACUGCCCAUCACAUUCACUCGAGAGCUGAAGAACCAGGAGUGUGAGGAGGGUAGCAGUGUAACCCUGCUGUGUGAGCUCUCUAAACCUGGAGCCUCAGUGGAGUGGAGGAAGGGAAGAGAGGUACUGAAGUCUGGAGACAAAUAUAAGAUUAAGCAGAAGGACUCUUCUGUAGAGCUGAAGAUCUGCCAGCUGAAACCUGAAGACUCUGGAGACUACAGCUGUACCUGUGGAGAUCACAGGACUACAGCUACUGUCAGUGUCAAGGCACUGCCCAUCUCAUUCACUCGAGAGCUGAAGAACCAGGAGUGUGAGGAGGGUAGCAGUGUAACCCUGCUGUGUGAGCUCUCUAAACCUGGAGCCUCAGUGGAGUGGAGGAAGGGAAGAGAGGUACUGAAGACUGGAGACAAAUAUAAGAUGAAGCAUAAGGACUCUUCUGUAGAGCUGAAGAUCUGCCAGCUGAAACCUGAAGACUCUGGAGACUACAGCUGUACCUGUGGAGACCACAGGACUACAGCGAGCGUCAGUGUCAAGGCUCUUCCUGUGACAUUCACCCGAGAGCUGAAGAAUCAGGAGUGUGAGGAGGGUAGCAGUGUAGCCCUGCUGUGUGAGCUCUCUAAACCUGGAGCCUCAGUGGAGUGGAGGAAGGGGACAGAGCUGCUGAAGUCUGGAGACAAAUAUAAGAUGAAACAGAAGGACUCUUCCAUAGAGCUGAAGAUCUGCCAGUUGAAACCUGAAGACUCUGGAAACUAUAGCUGUAUCAUUGGAGACAAGCAGAGCUCUGCUCAGGUUAACGUCAAUGCUCUCCCAGUGACUUUCGUAAAAGAGCUGCAGGACCAGGAGUGUGAGGAGGGGGGCAGCGCAACCCUGCACUGUGAGCUCUCUAAACCUGGAGCCCCAGUGGAGUGGAGGAAAAGGGGUGUGGUCCUGCAGUCUGGAGACAAAUACCAAAUCAGGCAGGAAGGAACAGUGGUGGAGCUGGUAGUCUGCAAUCUGAAGAUGGAAGAUAUGGGCAACUAUAUCUGUAGUACUGGGGAAAAUACGAGCGUCGCAUCUCUGAAGGUCAACGCUCUCCCGGUCAUUUUCAAACAAGAGCUGCGAGACCAAGAGGCCGAAGAAGGGGGCAGCAUCACCCUAAGAUGCGAGCUCUCUAAGGCCGAAGCCCCUGUAGAGUGGAGGAAGGGGGGCAUGGACCUGUGCCCCUGCGCGAAAUACGAAAUGAGUCGAGAGGGCUGCAGGGCUCAGUUAGUUAUCCACAGUGUAGAUCCAGAGGACACUGGAGACUACACCUGUGACUCUGGAGCCCGGCAAAGCACUGCCCAUCUGACCGUAAAGGCCCUGCCCGUAUUUUUCAGGACUCAGCUAGAGAGCCUGGAGGUAGAGGCAGGGGGCACCGCCACCCUGAGCUGUGAGGUCACCAAACCUGGUGCCGUGGUAACCUGGAAGAAGGGCGACCAGGUUGUGGAGUCUAGCGAUAAGUACCAAGUAAAGCAGGAGGGCACUUUGGUGGAGCUGGUAAUCUACAAACUGCGGGGUGCAGACUCUGGAGAGUAUACCUGCGACACCGGAGACCAGAAGAGCUCUGCCGUGCUCACUGUGCAGGAGCGGGAAGUGGUCAUCGUUAAGGGUCUUGAGGGUCUCACGGUGCGUGAGGAAGACGAUGCCCUGUUCGAGUGCCAUGUCUCUCACGACAAUGUGCCUCAGGUCCAGUGGACGCUACAGGGCGUCCCACUUCAGAACAACGAGAUGAAUGUGAUUGGGGUGGUGGACCGGGUGCACACCUUAAUCCUUCGGAACGUCACUCAGCAAGACUCUGGCACCGUGGCCUUCAGCGUCGGACCACUCACCUCAUCUGCUAAGCUCACGGUGAGAGCUGCCAGCGUGCCCUUUACCGGCUGGCUCCAGAACCAGGAGGCCGAGGAAGGGGGCUGUGUUGCCCUGUGCUGUGAGCUCUCCACACCUGGAGCCACAGUUGAGUGGAGGAAGGGCGAGGUCAUCCUGAUGCACGGGGCCAAAUUUCAGAUGAAGAUGGAGGGCACAAUGGCCGAGCUUGUCAUCAACAGUCUGACUCUGCAGGACUCGGGAGACUAUACUUGUGACACAGGAGACCAGCAGACCACUGCCUCUGUCAUGGUCAAAGCGGCCCCUGUGGUGUUCGAGAAGGACCUGGAGAGCCAGGAGGCCAGCGAAGGGGAGGAUGCCUUCCUUCGCUGCACAACCUCCAGCGCAGCCGCCACCGUCACCUGGAGGAAGGGCUCAGUAGUGCUCUCCCAGGGGGAGAAGUACUCCAUGCAGGAGAAGGGUGCCGAGCGCAUCCUGGUCAUCCACAAACUAAGGCCGGAGGACGCCGCCGAGUAUACCUGCGACACGGGGAAGAGCACGAGCACCGCCUCUCUCACUGUGAAAGAGCACGUGCGGAUCACGGUGGGGCUCCGAGACAUGACCGUUAGGACCGGGGAGGACGCUUGCUUUGAGUGCACUUUGUCCCACCUGGGGGUGACGAAUGGAGAGUGGUGGCUGGACUCCAACCACCUGCAGAACAAUGACCUGAACCAGAUGAGCUGCGAGGGCUACCAGCAGCGCCUGGUGCUGAAGAUGGUGACGCCGGACGAGUCGGGCACCGUGGCCUUUGUGGUCGGUGGGGAGACGACCACCGCCAAUCUGCUGGUGCAGGCGAAGCCAGAGCCCCCCACCUCCUUCCUGCAGGAGCUGGAGAACCAGGAGGCCGAGGAAGGGGACAGCAUAACUCUCCGCUGCGAGGUCUCCAGGCCUGGAGCCUCGGUGGAGUGGAGGAAGGGGGGAGUGGUGCUUCAGCCCAGCAGGAAGUACAAGAUGAGGCAGGAAGGCUCCGUCCUGGAGCUGUGCAUCCACGACCUGGAGCAGGAUGACAAUGGCUACUACACCUGCGAUGUAGGGGACCAGCUGACCACAGCCUCGGUGACAGUACAAGAGCGAGAGGCGCAGAUAGUGCGCGGUUUAAAGAACACGGACAUCUUUGUCGGGGAGAAGGCCGAGUUCUCCUGCCAGCUGUCCCGCCGGGCCGCUAGGCCGGUGCAGUGGUGGCUGGACGGCACCGCCCUGCGGCAGAGCAGCUUCAGCGAUAUCGGGGAGGGCCAGGGCCACGUGCACACGCUCGUCCUAAACAACCUGGCCCCCAACGACUCGGGGACGGUCACUUUCAAAGCCGGGAGCCUGGUGUCCACUGCCAAGUUGUUAGUCAAAGAUCCCACAGUAGAAGUGGUGAGCGCCAUGGAGGACCUGAGAGUGGUGGAGGACCAGCCGGCCGAGUUCAUCUGCCAGUACUCACGGCCGGUUAAGGCCAUGUGGAAGAGGGACGGGCUCCCGCUGCAGCCGGACGGCCAGCGGGUGCUGGUGGAGCAGGACUGGAACGUGGCCCGGCUGCACAUCAGCCGUGCGACCGCGCAGGACAGGGGGACGUACUCCUGCGAGGCGGAGGGGACCUGUGUGGUGGCCCUCUUGGAGGUGCAAGCCAAGCCCAUUGACAUCGUCCAGGGCCUGGAGAACGUGGAGACCUUUGACGGUGGGGAGGCUCUGUUUGAGUGCUCACUGUCCCGGCCAGAGAACCAGAACUGCCACUGGCUCGUCGACGACAAGCCAGUGAAGGAAACGCCAAAUGUGGAGAUUGUGUCCUUUGAGAGUGGCCGGCGCCACCUCCUGCUGCUCAAGGAUCUGCACGCUGGAGACAGCUGCAGGGUCACCUUCAUGGCCGGCAAUGCCGUCUCCUCUGCCUUCCUGACUGUUAAAGGCUGGCAGCUCAAUGUCGUGAAGCACCUGGAGGAUAAGGAGGCAGCCGUGGGCCAGCAGGUGGAGUUCAGCUGCGUGCUAAGCGAGGCAGUGCCAGUCAGCGAGGUUGCCUGGUACGCCAAUGGCGCGGAGCUCCGUCCGGAUGAUAGCUGGUCCCUGCAGGCAGACGGCUGCAUUUACCGCCUCAUCUUGAAGGAGGCCAGGGCCCAGCCCCCUCUGGAGAUCACUUUUGCCGCCCGUGAUGCCAUCUCCAUCGCCAAGCUCACAGUCAUUGCUCUCCCCGACCCCCCCGAAGACCCUGAGGUGGUGAGUAAGAGCGACCAAUCGGUGACGCUGUCCUGGUACACGCCCCUGAAUGAUGGGGGCAGCCCCAUCCUGGGCUACAAGGUGGAGAUGCGGCUGGCCGACAGCGCCCUCUGGCUGCCGUGUCACACAGAGCCUGUCUGCAGCACCGAGUUUGUGGUGGACAACCUCAUCCCUGGCACGGGGUACAGGUUCCGAGUGGCGGCGCUGAACCAGGCCGGUGUAGGGGAGCCCGUCCAGCUGCCUCAUACUGUGCAGAUAGAAACCCCAGUGACAGUGACAGAGCAACUGUCCAGCCCGCUGCCGGAAGUGGGAAAGUCGGCUCGCCUGGAGUGUCAGCUGUCCAUGGAGGGCAGUUCCGUCACUUGGCUCAAAGACAGCCACGAGGUUGACUUGGGGACGAAGUACCAGGCGCUCACAGAGGGGAAGAAACAGAUUCUGCUCAUUUCGGAGUUUCAGCCCAGCGACCAGGGUGUUUAUACAUGCGUGGCCUCUGACGAGGCAGAGACCUCUGUCAACCUCUACGUGGAAGGAGCAGAUGUUUCCCAGACAGGCUUGGGAGCGGAAGAGGAGGGCGGCCAGCCUAGCCUGCCCCCAGAAGCUGCCACGGAGGGAGAUUUGCACCUACUCUGGGAGGCGCUGGCUAAGAAACGCCGCAUGAGCCGCGAGCCCACGCUGGACUCCAUUUCCGAGCUGCCGGAGGAGGACGGCAAAGAGUCAAAGGAGAAGCAGAAGGUGGAUAAGGAGGAACAGAAGGUGGAGGUGAAGGAGAAAGCAAAGCCUGCUGAGCCUCUACCAAGGAAAGAGGUGGAGCCUAACUUGUACACCAGCUCGGAUGAUGAGUCCCCCUCCCUGGUGUCCUACCUCAAGAAGAGCAGCAAGUCCACCACAACCGUCACUGCCAGUCAAGUCCAGACUGCUUCUGCCGAAAAGUUUUACCAGCUCUUCCAGAUGACAGAGGAAGUGCAGCAGGCCCCAGCCAAGCCCCCAACUGAGCCCCCAACUGAGCCCCCAACUGAGCCCCCAGUUGAACCCCCAGUUGAGCCACCAGUUGAAACCCCAGCUGAGCCCCCAGCUAAGGAUGAAGACACUGAGAUGCUGGAUGCAGCGGUCAAGAUCCAGGCAGCCUUCAAGGGGUACAAAGCCCGCAAGGACAUGCGUCCCACCUUCAAGGAUGUCUUCAAGGACCAGACCAUGGAGCCUGGCGGCACCAUCCACCUUGAGUGUGUGGCGGUGGGGAAGCCGGACAAGGUCCGCUGGCUGAAGGACGGCGAGGCCCUGGCAGACGGCAAGCACCACCACAUUGACAUAUACAAUGACGGCACCUGCUCCUUGGUCAUCACUGGCGUCACCACCAAAGACACGGGUGUCUACACCUGCGAGCUGACCAAUAAGUUUGGCGUGGCCAAGCACACUGGAAAGGUGACGGUGGGCAGUCUGAGGGAGUCUUCGGGGCGCCGCCCCCUGCAGCUGCCAUACGGUUAUAGCGCUGACAGUGAGCCUGAGAGCUCGUCGGGCAGCGAGAUGGAUGAAUCCUUGCGGCAGGCCAGCAAGCGGCUACGGCGUCUGCUACGCAACCGCCUGCCACCGGACGUGGAGGAGGAGCCCUUCAUCAGCGCUGACGAGGGCGACCUGCCGCCCCCGGACCCACAUUCAUACCGCGAGGACGACAAUUACAUCUACAUCCGCUUUGAUUCCCUGUCAGAGGCCCAGAUGGCCUCGCAGCGCUUCCAGGAGAUGUUCACCGCACAGGGGGUCCCCAUAGAGACCACCAUCCUGGAGGGGGGGCCGCGCAAGGUGGAGCUGCGCAUCCUGAAGAUGGCCUACUCUCAGGACGGCACUCAGACCCCCACACAGGAGGAACAGCCCACCUUCAUAACCGCGGCCCCGGUCUUCCUGACCGAGCUGCACAGCCAGGAUGUGCCCGACGGCUACCCGGUCAGCUUCGACUGCGUGGUCAUCGGGAAGCCGCCGCCCACCGUGCGCUGGUUCAAGGACGGCAAGCUGCUGGAGGAGAACGACCACUACAUGAUCAACGAGGACCAAGAGGGCUGUCACCAGCUCAUCAUCACGUCCGUGCUGCCCUCCGACAUGGGCGUGUACCGCUGCAUGGCUGAGAACAGCUGCGGCAUCGCCUCCACAAAGGCUGAGCUCAGGGUUGAUGUGUCCUGUAGCUCUGACUAUGAUACUGCUGCUGAUGCAACAGAGACCUCCUCUUAUAUCAGCGCCAAGGGCUACAUAUCCAGGGAAACGGAGGCUUUUGAGUCUGUGACAGAGGAGGAGCAGCUCCCCCAGGUGGUGGACGAGCUGCAUGAUGUUCACGUUAGCCCUGGCGCACCCAUUGCCAAAAUGCAGGUCAAGGUCAAAGGGUUCCCUCGGCCCAGGGUGUACUGGUUCAAGGAUGGGCAGCCCCUUCGACCCUCGGACCGGAUUCUGGUGUCAGAGGAGAAGGGCCUCCACAGCCUGGAGAUUCUGGAGGUGACACGGGACGACACCGGGGAGUACUCCUCCUACAUCAGCAACGCUGCUGGAUCUGCCUACUCCUCCGCCAGACUGCUCGUGCUGGGUCCUGGAGAGUGUAUGCCUGACGAAGCUGGGAAAGUCAAAGGAGCAAAGGAACUGCUGGUCCCUCCACGUUUUCUGGAGAGAUUUCCCAACAGGAAAGUGAAAAAGGGAGCCAGCAUCACCUUGUCUGUCAAAGUCGAAGGCUCCCCAGUGCCUCUAAUCACCUGGCUGAAAGAGGAGUCUGCCGAGGACGUGCUGUGGAUCAAACCCGACACGCCCGGCUACAAGGUGGCUGGCUCCGACCGCCAGCACAGCCUCAUCCUUAUGGAUGUGAGCCCGCAGCACACUGGCACCUACACCUGCAUUGCGACCAACAGGGCCGGCCAGUCCAUCUGCUCCGCCCACCUGGAGGUGGAUGCCGUGGCUCAAGUGGAGGUCCAUGUAGAGGAACACAAACCCAAGCCCAUGCAGGAGGUUCUCGGAAUCACUAUCAGUCCUCCUGAAGAUGAGAGCAGGGUUCAGGGUGAGAGCAAGUCAGCGGGCACCUUUUUGGGCCAAGUGGGUACAGAAGAGUUCCUGAUGAAACUCACCUCCCAGAUCACAGAGAUGGUAUCUGCCAAGAUUAGCCAAGACAGCUUUCAGAACCAUCAAGUGCUCCAGUGGAUGAGGUCAUGGCCCAAAGUAUCCACCUCUCUGCGUGUGCCGGGGGCAGACAGCGACGAUGACACAAAAACUCCCUCCGCCUCGCCCCACCAUGGCCGCUCCCGGCCCUCCUCCCUGAUCGUGGACUCUUCGUCAGAGUCUGACGACGGCGAGUCCAGGGGAGAGAUGUUUGAUAUCUAUGUAGCCACAGCGGAUUAUAACCCCACUGGAGCCAAUCUGGAGACCAUCGCUCUGAAGGAAGGCCAGUAUGUGGAAGUUCUGGAUUCCGCACAUCCCCUGAAGUGGUUGGUCCGCACAAAGCCCACCAAAACCACACCCUCUCGCCUGGGCUGGGUUUCCCCGGCUUACCUCGACAAGAAGCUAAAGGUGUCCCCUGACAGUGGGGAGGUUUCAGAGAUUGGUGGGGAACAGGUGUCAGAGAGCGAGUACAAAAGGAGGCUCUGCCAACUGAUCCAGGAGAUGAUCAGCAGCGAGGCAGAGUUUGUGAAAGAACUGGAGUUCUUUGUGUCCCACCAUCUGAAGCAUGUUGAAAGUAGCCCUGACGCUCCAUCCUAUGUCAGCGGCCAGAAAGAGGCCAUCUUCCGAAACAUUGAAGACAUCAAGACCUUCCACAGCAGUUGUUUGCUGCCGAGUCUGAGCGAGUGUGAUACCGACGACGACGUGGCCUUGCGCUUCCUCAGAAGUGCAGAGGGCUUUGAAAAGUACCUCCAGUACCUGGUGGGACAACCACUGGCUGAAGCUACUAUUGGGGACAAGGCUGUUCACCAGUACUUCAAGGAAUAUAAUGAGAAAGACUUGGCCAAUGUUGACCCCUCUGAGGGCCCUGUGCUGAGUGUCAAUGCCUACUUACAGAGACCACUGGAGAGGAUCCAGAGGUACAAAGCUUUGUUAAAGGAGCUGAUCAGGAACAAGGCCAGGAAUGGGCAGAACUGCUGCCUGCUGGAGGAGGCCUACUCCAUCAUCUCCUCGCUUCCACAGCGCUCGGACAACACGCACCAUGUCUCUCUGAUUGAGAACUACCCCGCCACCCUCGAGGCACUGGGAGAACCUAUCAGACAGGGACCCUUCACCGUGUGGGAGGGGGCACCUGGAAUCAGAACGUCUUCUAGGGGACACCAUCGCCACGUUUUCCUCUUUAAGAACUACGUCAUCAUCUGCAAGCUCAAGAGAGACACCAACACGGACACUCAGGCCUAUGUCUUCAAAAACAUGAUGAAGCUGACCAACAUCGACGUGAACGAGAUCGUGGAGGGAGACGACCGGGCCUUCGAGAUCUGGCAUGAGCGCGAGGACUCAGUGAGGAAGUACACGCUGCAAGCCCGGACGGUCAUCAUUAAGAACUCAUGGCUGAGGGACCUGAGGGACCUCCAGCAGCGCUACAGCCUGCCCGCCUGGAGCCCCCCUGACUUUGACGAGGUCCUCGCUGACUGCACAGUGGAGCUGGGACAGACAGUGAAGUUGGCCUGCAAGGUCACGGGAACCCCAAAGCCCGUUGUCACCUGGUACAAAGACGGGCGUCCGGUGGAGGCGGAUCCCCACCACAUCAUCAUUGAGGACCCCGACGGCUCCUGCACCCUCAUCCUGGACAACAUGACAGCAGACGACUCGGGACAGUACAUGUGCUUCGCCACCAGCACCGCAGGAAACGCCAGCACGCUGGGCAAGAUCACUGUGCAGGUGCCUCCUCGCUUUGUGAACAAGCUGCGGAAUGCUGCCUACAUACCCGGCGAGGACGCCCAGUUCACCUGUACCAUCCAGAGCGCCCCCAACCCCAAGAUCAGAUGGUUCAGAGAAGGCAAGCUGCUAACGGACCAGGAAAAGUACCAGACGUUCAGUGAGCUGCGCAGUGGAGUUGUGGUCCUCGUCAUAAAGAAUCCUGGAGAGAAGGAUCUGGGACGUUACGAGUGUGAGCUGUCCAACCGGCUGGGCAGUGCCAGGAGUGUGGCUGAACUGUGCCCACAGUCUGCCAUGGCAACAACCGGGGAGCAGGCUGUCACCAUCGAAGGAGGCGCAGGGCCCAGAAAGGAGCCCACCAGGGAGGAGGUGCUGACCUCCGGCAGCCCUGAGGUGAUCCCAACAGAGGAGGUGGCCUCUCAUACCCCCAGGCCCACCCAGGAUAUAGGCGUCUCCAGCACCCCAGAACAUGAUCUGAGCCCAGGGAGCAUGUCGAGUGUCCCAGUCAGGAAGUGGUACCAAAUUGACUUCAACCCCGCUGCUUUCUGCAAGAGGGUUUUCCAAUCCGUGUACUCAGAUCCCGCAACACGAUCUGACUCGAGUGCACAGGAAACAAAUAGGAGUGACAGAAGGGACGAGAUACCUGAAAUCAAAAGCGAGGUUUUCAGCAACACCAUGGAGGAAUCUGUCAUCACUGGCCCGCCCUCCAUUCAUAAGCUUAUAGAGGACCAGAGGGUGGAGAGAGGAGAUGCAGCUGCCUUUGUUGCGCACAUCACAGGGUUCCCUGCUCCCAAGGUCUCCUGGUGCAAGGAUGGGAAGCCGUUGUCAGCCAGCAAGCGUGUGAAGCUGACAGAGAACAGCCCGCACUUCUCCCUCACUCUCGUCAACACCGGGAGCGCAGACAGUGGCAUGUACACCUGUACUGCCAGGAACGCGGACGGAGAGGCCUCCUGCAGCGCCGUGCUCACAGUAGAGAGAGGCUUUGGGGAGUGGGCGGUGUACAGUACGGUGAUGAAGAGGCAGAGGAGGAGCCUGCAGUCACUAUAUGAGAUCCAUGAGGAAAUAGGGAGGGGCUCAUUUGGGAUUGUGAAGUGCGUGACGAGUCGAGAGAGCGGCGAGAGUCACGCAGCAAAGUUCCUUCCCCUGAAGAAAGGCAGCCGGAGAAGGGCAUUUGAAGAGAGGGACCUGCUCGCCCGAAUCACCCACCCCAGAGUGGCCUGUUUGCUGGACAGCUUCCGUUCCCAGCAGACUCUGGUGCUGCUCACCGAGCUCUGCUCCAGCCACGGCCUACUCGACCAUUUAUUAUCCAAGGUCACUGUAAAAGAGAGAGAGAUGGGGAUGUACAUUCAGCAAGUCUCAGAGGGCAUUGAGUAUAUUCACAGGCUGCACAUUCUCCAUCUGGAUAUUAAUCCUACUAAUAUCCUCAUGACACUGGAGAAAGAGGAAGUGAAGAUCUGUGAUUUUGGAUUCUCCCAGAAGAUAGACCCUUCAAGAUACCAGUACAGUAAAUUUGGUACUCCAGAGUUUGUGGCUCCUGAAAUUGUGUGCCAGGCUCCAGUUACAAAGGCAACAGAUAUCUGGUCUCUUGGUGUUUUGUCAUAUCUAUGUCUGACCUGCCACUGCCCGUUCUCUGGAGAGAGUGACCGUGCUACCCUUUUGAGUGUGCGUGAUGGAAACGUGUCCUGGGACUCCCCUGAUGUCACAUCCAGGAGUCGCCCAGCCCGGGACUUCCUGCACAGACUGUUACAGCCAGAGCCGAAUUUGCGACCAACUGCUGCUGAAUGCUUGAGGCAUGAAUGGCUUCGGGGGACACAGGCAGAUGAGGAAUCUGCUGAUAUCAGUACAAAGAACUUGACAUUUUUUAUUUCAAGAAGCAAACAACAGCGAUCUCAAAUCUGUUAUGGUUCAGCAAUGAAGCUGCAAACAAUUGCAGACCUGCUGGCAGCCCCACCCCAAGACACCUCACUGGCUGGCCCCUCAACCAAACAGAGCCAGGAAAGCUCCUCCAUCAGCAGUGGCUCCUCCUCCGAAUAUGAUGAGGUAGAUGAGUGGGCCACCCCCCUGUUCAUCUUGAAUGAGGGCAGAGAGAAUAGGCAUUUGGAAGCUGAGGACCUGGACCCAGAGCCACCUGAUGGAAUAAUUGCUUUAGAGAUACCCAGUAAGGAAAGACAGACUAAAGUGGAGGCGACAUGGAGGGAGGACACAUCAGAGCAGGACAGCCAGAGGGGGGCGCUCACAGCAGAGUGGCCCAUUGGUCAGCUAACACGAGGGGAUAGCACCUCAUCGCAGGGCACGGAGGAUGAGGGCUCCACUGGGGGGCGUGUCCCCAGAGAGAGUCUGAUCAAGAGCACCUUCUAUAGUAGCUCUGAGGAGCUGUCUCCUCUGUCCGCCCGCCGGAUCUUGCUACGUCAGAAGAAACGUACGAAGAGAAUGGAGCGCAGCCGGGUGUGCCUCAGGUCCGGUUUCUCCAGCAGACUUGGUGAGCCCCUUCUGGAGCACAUGGAGGACAGUGCAGAGGAGGACGAAGGCGGGAGCCAGAGAAGGGGUUCAUCCCAAUCUUCUGUGCCAUUAACCAAGUCCUGCUCCUUUGACAGUGGCCCCAUUGCCUGUUCUAAUGCACAAAGGCAGCGGAGGAGCAGGUCCCUGGAUGAGUAUUCAAGAAGGGCCGCAUCCACAUCUGAGCUGAGAGAGUUGGGGGAAGAUGAGGAUGAAAAUGAUGCCUUUAGCUCUCAGGAGGUUCUGGGACAGGACAAAAAAGACAAAGUCCCAGAUGCCUUUUCUGAGAGCAUGGCACAGUCAGCUGAUACUGUUAUGGAAACCCAGGAGGUGCUAAAAGACCCAUACUUUGAAAAAGCCAAAGACUAUUCUUCUGAGUUUACUACUGAUGAGAUUGCUGAGGUGCCUCAGCCCACAUCAGAUGACAGUAUUGAAGCUGCUGUGUCAGAGUGCAUUGCAAGUGAUUCUCUUUGCCUUUCAGAAGACAUUAAAGAAAUUACUUCAUCUGCAUGUCCUGCAGAGAGGGUUGAUGGUUCUGUAAAUACUGAAUUGUGGAAAGACACAAAAGACCACUCAGUUUUGAGAACCAUAUUUGUGGAUUCUACAAUGCCAGUUUCUGUUGUGCAGGACGUCUCUGAGUCGCUGGCUUCAAACUACACGAUAAGCUUGCUUGAGAGACCUAGAAGCAUGGAUCUGUCCUUCGAGGCUAUAGUGACAUUAGAUUUGGAGAAUAGAGCUCACUUUCCAAAGAUUCACAGAGUGAGAUCAGAUGAAGUCAUAAGUAAACCAAGUGAUUUGGCUUUGCUUGUUCCAGAGCUAGUAGAAAGGGCCCAUAGUGCAGUAUGUGGCAUGUCUGCUUUGGAGGAUGCCUGUGGUUUUAAAUCACCCUCUUCCAAGAAGCGGGACACAGUGGAAAUCCCUGCUGAAAUUUCAAUCAAACGGGCAGAUUCCUUCCAAGAGCUCUUCCUUUGUGCCCCUCAAGAUGAGGAGCUUUGUGACUCUGUUGCAAAAGUCCAGUGUUUUGUCCCAGAACCUGAGGGCAAACCUUCAUGUUCAGAAGAUGAUUAUGAGAUGGUGGACCCAGCAGAAGAGGUUUAUCCAGGCCUUCUUGAAGACAAGGAAUCAUAUGGUUAUGUUUUUAGCUCUGCCACAAAUUUACAUGACCGAGAUAUAAAAGAGGUGUGUGGUGGGGCAGAAGCCCACCCUGGCAUCAUGACGUUCUCUGAUGAAACAUUUGAGGUCCUUGAAGGAACCAUGCUUGAGAGUUCCUCUGGAAAAGCAUCACCCUACAUGCACCCGGAGAGCUGUGAGGACAACGAAUCUGAUCUGGAGCUCAAGAACCUUCUGGAGGAGAUACACACAUAUGACGACCACGGCCAGAUGACGACAACUGAAAACUCUGGAUGGUCUGAUAGCAGAAUCCCAGUGGAGGAAGGUGAGUUCCUAGCUAGAUCUGGUUCAUUAAAAGUCCUUCACAGAGGCAGCAUAGACAUUGAGGCAGAGCUCCAGAGAUACCCUUCGACACCAUCACUUGAGACUAAAACCCUCCCUGGAAAAUCUGGAAGAAUUAUGGGAUUUUUCCGUCAACAUUCAUGGACAAGCCAGUCAUCCUCACCAGUAGAGAGGGUUGCAAAAAGGCAGGCCUCUGAAGGGGAUUCCAGUGAUUCCCUGCAGCAGCAACAAGAGCAGCUAAAGAAUCCAGACCUGUCCAUCACCAAGAGGGUGAGAGCAUCCGUUUCCUGCUUCUCCAAGUCUCUGCUGGGCAGGCAGACCAGUAAAGAGGACAAGAAAGACAGCGAGCCUGUCCAAGCCAUGGGUGUUGGGAUGAAGAGUUCCCCGCCUUUUCCUUGUAAAUCACCUGAAGCACCUGCAGUCUCACCUAAAAGGUCACCUGGACUCUUCUCCUUCAAAUUUCCAGGGUUCAAGAGGAGUAAAGGUCCAGUGUUCCUGGAGGAGCUGGCAGACCAGGCAGUGUCCUUGGGUCAAGAGGUUACACUGUGGUGUCGACUCUCUGGACACCCUUCUCCAGAUGUACGAUGGUAUAAAGAGGCGAGGAGACUGAAGACCUCCGACCAGAUUAGGCUAGCUGUGACACACAAGGAGUUCCUGUCCCUGACUAUCUACUCUGCCAAAGAGGAAGACCUGGGGAGUUAUCGUUGUGUGGCCAGCAAUGCCAUGGGGCAGGCCUCCACCUCCUGCACUCUCAUUGUGUCUGAGCUGCCCACCUGCCCAACAGGCCUGCAGGUGUACCAACUGCAGGGGGAUGAAGUGUUGUUGGUGUGGAGGCCAGUAGAGUCCAUCACAGAACUCAGCUAUUGCAUUGAGUACAGCAGGGAUGGUAGGGAGUGGAGACUGCUGGCUGAGGGCAUGGCAGACAGUUACUACACAGCUAGUAACCUGAGCAAAGUGGCACAGUAUCAGUUCAGGGUGGCCUGUCUGAACAGAGCUGGCAAAGGGUCUUUCAGUGAGCCCUCUGUCCCCAUCACUAUCAGAGCUGAGCAGCAAGACCUUCUAGCUCCUCUCAUCUACACAGAGUCCACUGGGUCCUUGGGGCUUACAGGGCAGAUUCAGUUCUCCUUAUCUACCCUACACAAAACCUACAGUUUCCUCUCUGAGAUCAACAGGGGGCGCUUCAGCGUGUUGAAGCAGUGUCGGGAAGAUCAGAGUGGGCAGCUAUUGGCUGGCAAGAUCACACCAUUCAAGCCAAAGUGGCGCCAGUGGGCCCUGAGGGAAUACCAGCUGCUGAGGAGGCUGAAUCAUGCUCACCUGGUGCAGCUGCAGGUGGCCUUCAUAACACCCCGCUACCUGGUCCUCAUCCUGGAGCUGUGCCAAGGCCAGGACUUGUUCCAUCAUUUAGCAGAGAGAGACCUGUACGGUGAGAUGCACGUGCAGGCAUUCUUGCAGCAGAUCCUCAGCGUCGCAAACUACAUGCACCGCAGGAGAGUUGCACACCUGGACCUCAAGUCCGACAACAUCCUGGUAACCGAGCAGAGUGUGCUGAAGGUGGUGGACCUGGGCUCGGCACAUGUCUUCACCCCGGGCCAGCCCGUCUUCACCGAGCGCUUGCUGGAAAUUUCAGAGAGCAAAGCUCCUGAAGUUCUGGAGGGACAAGGCGUGGGCCCAGAAACAGAUAUCUGGGCCAUUGGAGUUUUGGCAUUUAUAAUGUUAAGCGCAGAUGAACCCUUUCACACUGAGAGCCACUGUGAGCGGGAACACAGUAUGAAAAAGGGCAAACUGCAGUUUGGGAGGUGCUAUUCUGGCUUAUCUGAGGGAGCCCUCAACUUCAUGAAGAGGGCACUGAACACCAAACCGCAGUCAAGGCCUUCAGCUGCCGAGUGCCUCCAGAUGCCGUGGAUACAGGGGGCGCGUCAGCCCUCCAAGUACCGCGAUGCCGUGGUGUGCUUCACCACAGACAAACUGCGAGCCUACCUGCAGGAACGCGAGCUGCGACGCUGGCACGCCCAUGCCGAACUGGAGGCACGGCACACCCAGCCGCAGGCCCGAUUCCCAUCCUCACACCGCAGGCAUUCAGAUUGCACCUUUUAAAUUUUAUUUAUUUCUUUUAUUUUUUUUAAGAGGUCCAAAGUUGUUAUAGUGAUGCAAGAAUAAAGUACCACUCAUUUUCUCGCCACUGGCCUCAAUAUUAGAGGGACUUCACAGAUGCUCUUCAAAUAGCAAUGAACAUUGAAGUAUCAGUGCAUUGCAUCCAGUUUUCUUGCUGUUAAAUCAGAAGUUUAAGUUGUGUUGCUGUACACAGUAUUAUGCAGUUAUGCAGGUUUAUUUAUUUGAGAAUGCAGUGCAAAUUCAAUAUAAAAUUCAGCUAAAAAACAAAAACUUUGACUAUUUUUUUUCAGUGAGAAAUAGUCUCAUUGCAUUUCAUUUUUUUGUUUCACCUGGAUAUCAAUGUUUAAGGCCAGUACUUCAAAAAAAAACUUGGCAUCCAGUUUGCGGACACUGUACAUCUUAAAAAUAACUAACAAUCAUAGCAAUGUUUGUCAAGUGUGAAACAAAUGACAACAUGCUUACACAGUGGUGCAUGUUACUUUUUAUUGUACUAGUACGAUGACAUACAAAAACAUGUUACAAAAACACACUUGCAACUCGACAACUGGUUAAAGGACGGUUCACUUCCGCAACCAUAGAACCCAAGUGCACUUUCUAUAGAUACUUCUUAUGCGCAUGCAUUUUAAGUAGGGAUGUUAAAUAAACGCCAACAAAAUGUUAAAUUAACGCUAGAGUGGCAGCCAUUAAGCAGCAGUAACAUAUUCAAUAACUUAUUUUCAGAGCAAAGCAGUUUAUUCUAAGGAAUGAUUUCAGACAGUUUGAGGAAAUGCUAAUAUUGGGAAAGUCAGUUUGCUCUUGCCAAGCUUGGUAUUUUGAGAAUAUUAGUUGUACAUUAUAGCAGCUCCUAUUGUCAAAUCUAUCAAAUACAUUAUUAUCUCAGCAUUUUGUCCGACUGCUUUAUUUUCCUAGUUGACAAACCAUGAACUGAGAAUACAGUCUGCAAUCCUAUGUACGCAGAUUUGCAAGAUUUUACCAUUUCUCUGCUAGUGGUAUUUAACAUCCCAUAUUUCAAGUCGUGCAGAUGUCUUGUGUUCUUGGUUCAAAGUUAAUGUUGCAGGGAUCAUCUGCCUGUCUAUGUUCCACAUGUGAAAUCAGCCCUGUGAAAGAGUUCAGUUUAUAUAUCUUUCCUUUGUAUUGAAACCAUUUUUUAUGAGUGUAGAAUAAGACUAAGCUUUGAUAUGUCCUUGGGGUG